AUGGCUGACAAUACAUACAACCUGGUGCAGUCCCGCUAUGGAGACAUGGCUGAACAAAGCAAAACUACCCAAGAACACGCUCAGGAAGAGGACAUUGCCCGGGCAUUUGGAUACAGCGCGGAAGAUCUUAGUUCGCUGCCCGAAAAGACCAAUCUCGGUCUGAGCUGUGGCAAUCCCGUGGGAUUCGCCAACGUGAAUGAGGGCGAAACUGUCGUCGACCUUGGAAGUGGCAGCGGCAUCGACGUCCUCCUAGCCGCUCGCAAGGUCGGGUCCAGUGGAAAAGCGAUCGGUGUCGACAUGACCAAGAACAACGCCCAGAAAGCCGGCCUUUCCAACGCUCAAUUCAUCGAAUCGACCAUCAACUCUAUUCCCCUGCCCGAUGCCAGCGUCGACUGCAUCAUUAGUAACUGCGUGAUCAACCUCGUCCCCAUCGGUGACAAGCCGGCCGUGUUCCGCGAGAUUGCGCGUCUCCUGAAGCCGGGUGGACGGGUUGCCAUUAGCGAUAUCCUGGCGAGGAAGCCCCUACCCGACCACAUCACCAAGAAUAUGGCGCUCUAUGUGGGAUACACCACAAUGACACACCCACAGCCAGAAACAACGAGCCCGGCACAGGCAAACAGCCACCAAACCAUCCCCAAACACCAAUCCCUCGCCGUCCCCGAAAGCGAAGAUGACCCUGACAUUCGCAAUAAAUACCGCCCGUUCAUCCUGAACGAAGACCCCACCACGGACUGGGUCAGCACGCUAGAGCUAACAACCGCCCUGCAAAUGGCAGCCACCUCGCUGCAGACAUCGCCCCGACUCAAGGUCCUCGUCCUGUACGGCAGUCUCCGCAGACGGUCCUACUCGCGACUUGUCGCUCUAGAGGCAAGCCGGAUCCUGUUCCGUCUGGGAUGCGACGUGCGCGUGUACGACCCGACCGGGCUGCCUGUGAAGGACGAUGUCGAGCAUGGACAUCCCAAGGUGCAGGAGCUGCGGGAGCUGAGCCGGUGGAGUGAUGGGCAUGUGUGGGUGUCGCCUGAGCAGCAUGGGAAUCUGACGGCCGUAUUCAAAAACCAAAUCGACUGGAUCCCGCUCAGCACAGGAAGCGUCCGCCCAACGCAAGGUCGCACACUAGCCAUCGCCCAAGUAUGCGGCGGCUCGCAGUCCUUCAACGCGGUGAACUCGCUACGGAUAUUGGGUCGAUGGAUGCGCAUGUUCACGAUCCCGAACCAGUCGUCGAUCCCGCAAGCGUACACGCAUUUCCCGGACGAGGGGAAGCCAGGGGAUCAGAGGCUGAUGGCGAGUGGGAACCGCGACCGGCUGGUGGAUUGUAUGGAGGAGUUUGUCAAGUAUACGAUUUUGAUGAGGCCUCAUUUGGAGUUAUUUGGGGAUCGGUUUAGUGAGAGGGAGGAGAGGAGGGUUAAGGAGGCGAAGAUGCAGGCGUAG